AGGGCGUUCAGAUUAAUGCGUUUAACAUCUAUUACUUUCUUCCCCCACACCAGACGAGCAGCGACACAUUCCCGGCGGUUCUGUGUGAUUGUGUUGCGGCUGUUGAGCGUCUCGCUGUGUGUCUCUGCAGACGGACCGUACGGAGUGUUUGCGGGCCGGGACGCGUCCAGAGGUCUCGCCACGUUCUGCCUGGAGAAAGAGGCGCUGAAAGACGAACCCGACGACCUCUCGGACCUGAACGCCAUGCAGCAGGAGAGCCUCUCCGAGUGGGAGACCCAGUUCACCUUUAAGUACGACUACAUCGGGAAGCUGCUGAAGCCCGGAGAGGAGCCCGCGGAGUACACGGACGACGAGGAGGGGAAAGACAAAAAGACGGACUAGACAGUGAAACCCCAUGGAUGCCUUAAUGUCGGGCUGUGAUGCCUUCGAGGGCCGCUCGGAGAAAACGCUCCCGUAUCAUUCUAGUAUUUUUGCACCGUCACAAUCCUGGAUUUUAUAUUCCGACUGAAUCCCAUUUAUCUGAUUUGAAGGCAUUAACAGUUAAACGUACGCGUCCCGAUGUACAGCGGGAGAGUUUAGACCCGUUCCAACAUGAAUCUGUUUGUUGUGUUUGCAGGUUGGACACAUUCCUUUCGGCUCCGCUCGCAGUGACAGAAAUGAUCUCAGGAAGUAGUUUCAUGGAGGGUUCGACGCCCGAGGGCACAGGUCUUAUUCUCGUAGUUUCACAGCAGCCAUUUUCACAUGAACUCGUAGGGUAAACCAGUGAUCCUCAUUAAAGCUCUCUUCUGUUUCUUGUUAAAGUGGCUGCUGUGAAAAAGGUCUUCAGUCUGAUUAUGAGUCUUACUAACUUUGCACUCCAUCACAGAGGUUGAAGUUUGACGCACUGCGAGUUGAGCUGCUCUUGGUUUGGAAACAAUGACGGCUUUAUGGUCUGUUUGACUCUAAAUGGACCAUCAGUUACUUAAAUGAACAUCAUUGCUGUAUGGAAGAAGACUGAAACUAGAGGACUGAACCAGAAACUCAUCAGGAAACUGUUUACUGAGCUCAUCAAUCAACUUCUCCACAAGACGAGGUAUCUGUGUAUUGCAAACAGUGGAGCUGCCCCCUGCUGGUCAUUACAGAAAAAUACAGGUUUAAGACUUCCCAGACCAGAAGUUCUGUCUGUUAUAUAAACUGUCGAAGAUUAGGACUCACAAACUCAAAUUAAACAAAAUAAUAACAAUUUUACAAACAAAAGUUAGUUCGCUUAGUCGGUAAAUUCCAACAAGGUUCAACUGCAGCACCUCGAUUAUUUCCAGGUCACAUAUUAUUAUUAUUAUUAUUAUUAUUAUUAUUAUUAUUAUUAUAUGGAAUAUUAACCGGGUUGCUCUUCGUGACGUCAGCUGAGGAAACACUAACAGAACUCCUUUACAAACCUUUAAUUUAACACUGAACAUUUCCGUACAUUACGUUUUUCUGAAUCUUUACAACGAGAGUGCAAAGUUACCGUGACUCAGCGUCAGGAUGGACGCCGCUACGAGAGGAAGACCCGGGCCGGGCGGACCGAGCAGAACCAGAUCCUUUCUCCUGAUAAACCAGUUAGAACGUCGUACAGAUGUUUGUUUCACAUCGUAUUGUUUCUGCCGUCUCAAACUUCUGUCUGAUAGUUUGUGUUGAUUUCUGUGGAGAGACGUUUCUCUUUAAACCAUCCUGAGACCGGUCCAGGUCCAGGUCCAGGUCCAGGUCUUCGGUCUCAGCGGACGGUCUCUGGUUGCUGUCUCUCUAAAUAUGAAGAUUUUAAGCUUUUCUUUGCUUUAUAAACUAUAUAAUUUGACUUCCUUUAGAUUUUGGACUGUAGGUCAGACGAUAUAAGUAACGUGCAACAGUUUUAUUCCCCAAAAACAACUCAAAUAUGAAACCUUCAUUCACACGCAGUGUUUCUAGUAGGGAUGAGCGAGUAUGCCAUUAUCUGUAUUUGUUUCUGGAGUGGGCGGUGCUAACACAACAUUAAAGCCUGAAAUUGACCAGAGGUUGAUCAGAAGUUGCAAUCUUUAUAAGAAAAAUGUUUUUGAUAAAGGAGAAUGAUUAACAGAAAGAGUUUUCUUUAUAAAAGUUGCUAUACUGGUAUUUACAAAUACAGAUCUUGGCGUAUUUUAGUACAUUAUCUGUACUGUAACACAAAAGGCUUCAUCACUUCUCGACAUCAGACGAAAACCAUAAAUAUAAAGUAACUCAUUCAGCUCAUGGUUGGUUCACAUUCUUUUUGACACUAAAUCCUCAAAUGGAUCAAAUAAUCAAACGUUUAUUUUAGAGAAUAUUGUUAAUUUUCAACACUGAAGUUUUAUGGAAGGACUCGAUCGAUGUUUCUCUGCAGAGAUCGGACUCAAUGAGGGAACCUUUUCCAGUAUGCAUGUACAUACAUAAACUAAAUGUCAUAAUACUGUUAUAAUCCUGAAAGUGAUAUUUUGAUUUAAUAAAGAAAAUGACCAAAA